AUGAUUUCCAAUGAAUCAUCACUGUCCCCUGCUGAAGCCUCAUCGUUGCCAUCCGAAGCUUCUACCAACCAAUCAUCUCAAGUACUAUUAGAAUCUGAUCAACACCCACAAGAAUCAUCCCGUACACGAUCAUCCAGUUUAUUGGCAACCUAUCGUGAAAGAAGUGCUUCAUCGGCCUCUUCCGAAAAUGUACAAUCAUCAUCCAAUCAACAACACCGAUUAGAAGAUCUUACAGAGAAAAUGUUUGAAAAUUUCAUUGAAUUAUUGCAAGGAGAGAUGCAAGCUGGAUUCAACGAAUUAUCUUUAUUGCAACAAAUGAAUGCAGCCAUCACAAAGAAAUAUGAAGGUUUAAAUCAAAAAACUGAAGGAGUUCAUGCCAAUUUGAAAAAGAUGAUGCAAUUAUAUGAGAGCUUGCAAACUUGUUUUCAAGAAGUAGAUUCGAUUGAUAUUUCUGUGAAUGAGUUGAAUAAUAUUGUAAAUUAUUUAGAUGUUUAUACGAAACAAUUGGAAUUACAGUUAAAACCUUUCCUUUAA